GGUCUCACUAUUCGUUCCUCAACAUUCGGAAGAUUCGGAAGUCGCGGCAUUUCAAGCGGAGAACCAGUGUCCAAUAAGACAGUAGAAGUGCUCUAAAAGCAACACGGCAUUUUAAACGCACAUUGCAACUGAUUUUUCUAAACCAAAAAGGAUUCAAGGCCACGCCCCCGCCAAAAGUUUUCGUGUCAUAGAGUCUGUGUUUGUGUACUUUCCUGCCGCAUCGCUGUAUUCGUGUGUGUAUCCCGACGUCUCUUUUUGCAGUCCUUUUUGCGUGGGUGUGCCGAAAAAGGAGAAGAGAGAAAGAAACAUAAAAAACAGUGAAAUUCCAGUACACCAAAGCAAGUCAAUAAAGGCCGAUAAAAUGUCCGUUUCAUCAAACGCCUCAUCUGCCUCCAACAAGGACAGCGUGGAUAGCCCCAGUAGCACCGCCAACACUGACAGCUCCGAGCUUACGCACAUUCUCAACCGGCGGCAGGAGAUAAUGGAAUCCCAGGAGGCAGGCAUCGAGGUCCGGCGCACCUACAAGGUGGUCAAUGUGUACACCGACUUCCCCGAGUUCUCCCGGAACCAGAUCAAGGACUACCAAAAGACCUUUAACACGUACGAUUUGGCUCGCGAUGGUUUUUUGGACCUGCAGGAACUGAAGUUUAUGAUGGAGAAGCUUGGUGCACCGCAGACUCAUUUGGGACUCAAGCAGAUGAUUGCCGAGGUGGAUGAGGAUAAUGACGGCAAGAUCUCGUUCCGGGAGUUCCUGUUGAUCUUCAGGAAGGCUCAGGCCGGAGAAUUGGACUCCGACUCCGGGUUGAACCAGCUGGCCCGCCUCACCGAGGUUGAUGUAGAUCAAGUGGGUGUAAGUGGAGCCAAAAACUUCUUUGAGGCGAAAAUUGAGCAACAACUAAGGACGAACAAGUUCCACGACGAAAUCCGGGCCGAGCAGGAGGAACGCCGACGCGAGGAGGAGGAGCGGGCCCAACGGCGCCAACAGUUUCAGCAGAGGGCGGCGAUCUUCCAGUAGAGGAUCCAUAUUUUCCUCCGUAGUCUAGCGCGUAAUUAUCUGGCGUAGGUUAAUCGAAUGAGGAACUAAUCCCGGGAGAAGAGAAUACGCUUCGUACAAGCAGCAGGCAUUUUUCAAGCAUCACAUACAUUAAUAAUAUCCAUACUUAUCGUCCCAUAUAUAACUCGAUUUGCUGGUUAAAAAAUCUUGGGAAUUGAAUGCUAUUUUUGAAAAAAAAAAAAAUAUAUAUUUUGGUUUAACAAACAACCUACAUAUAACGUACAUCAAGCAUCAUCCAAACAUAACGUUCAAUUUCUAAAAUAUAUUUUUCUAAAUCCAACCAAAUUGAGCCACUCUAGCCACAACAUAUAAGCAUACAUACGUACAUAAAUAACGAUCAUACCAAAAGCGUAUUUAUAGUUAACCUUUAUUUAAGUGAAAAAUGUUUUAGCCUAAGACCUAUUUUUUAUUGUUUGGUGUUGCGCAAAAUUUCUUUGUUGAAUUACGUUUACCCUCGACGGUUAUCCAAAAUGUAUGUUUCUUUUAAUUUAUGAUUUUUUGUACUUUUAGUGCCAUUUUUAUUUUCUUCGUUUUAAUUUUGUUAAUAACAAAAAAGGAAAUCGAUAGUUAUGUUAAGCAAAUUAAUUCGCGAAAUUCAAACUUCUUUGUACAUACUAUACCUAUGUUGGCAGUCAAUCUUAGUUUCUGUUGUAUCAAGCUGAAAUAAAUAAUUAAGUUUCGAUUCAGUAUUUCACGUUUAAAGUUAGCAAUUAAAGCAAUACUAAUGCGUUAAAUACGAAUACACAAGAAAAUACACGUACUUUUAGAGAGCGUUUACUACAAACUUAUACUGCAAUUUAAAUAAAUAAAUGUAUAUAAUACAAAACAA